AUGCGUAACAGGUGUAGGCAUCCUACCCCAAAGGUGAAUAGGGAGGGAAGAUGGUCCCCUCCUCCCUUGGGAGUCCUAAAAAUCAACUCGGAUGGCUCUUCUCGUGGUAAUCCUGGUCAUGCUGGCAUUGGAGGUGUGGGCCGUGAUAGCUCAGGGGAUGUUCAGUUUAUUUUCUCUGAGUAUAAGGGUCUUCAUACGAAUAAUCUUAUGGAGGCUCAGCUGGCCUUGAUUGUUGAACAAAUUCUCACUCUCUGUGCAUUUCUGGAGCAUGUUACUUUCAACCAUAUUCCCCGUGAAUGGAAUGGUGUGGCUGAUUGCUUGGCUAAAUGGGCUUCCGAUCAUAUGCAUGAUUGGAAUUUGGUGGAUCGGGGCCAUCUGCCCCCGGAUUUGUCUCAUCAAUUGGAUCACUUGGUUGAUCUUGAUAGGGCCAUUUAA